AAACCGCAUAGUAUUCACAUAACAAAAAUAAUCAGAGCUUAACUCAAAUGGCGGAAGUGGCGGUGUCUUUAGCUGUUGACCAACUACUUCCAUUGUUAAGGGAAGAAGCCAAUUUAUUGAGGGGUAUUCACAAGGAGUUUGCAGACAUUAAAGAUGAACUGGAAAGUAUUCAAGCUUUCCUGAGGGAUGCUGAUAAAAGAGCCGCAACAGCUGAAGGAGACAACACUAGUGAAGGAGUCAAAACUUGGGUGAAGCAGGUUAGGGAAGCAACUUUUCGCAUUGAAGAUAUCAUUGAUGAUUAUAUGAUCCAGGUGGGACAGCAGCUUCCUCGUCAUGGAUUUGUAGCUUUGUUCCAUAAGCUCAAAACCAUGAUCCGUCGCCAUCGAAUUGCGUCUGAGAUUCAAGACGUUAAGUCAUAUAUUCGUGGGAUGAAGGAAAGAAGUGAAAAAUAUGGCUUCCAACAUUCUAUAGAACAAAGGUCAAGCAGUUCUAGAGAAGGCCGAAACUCCAAAUGGCACGACCCUCGACUGGCUGCUCUUUACAUUGACGAAUCUGAAGUUGUGGGCUUUGAUGUGCCAAGGAAAAGAUUGACUGAUUGGAUGGUAAAGGGAAGGAAAGAGCGCACUGUUGUUUCCGUGGUAGGAAUGGGAGGGCAAGGAAAAACCACUCUUGCCAAGAAAGUUUUUGACAGCCAAGAUGUCGUCAGACUCUUUGAUUGUCGUGUAUGGAUCACAGUCUCUCAAUCAUAUAAUGUUGAAGAGUUGCUGAGGGACAUGCUGAUAAAGUUUUUCAAAGAAAAAGGAGACAAAGCUCCUAGGGACAUUUCUCUAAUGGAUCGAGGAUCAUUGACAGAUGAGGUAAGGAACUACUUGAAGCAAAAGAGGUAUGUUGUUGUGUUUGAUGAUGUAUGGAAUGUACAUUUUUGGGAUGAUAUUGAAUUUGCUGUAAUUGAUAAUAAAAAUGGAAGUAAGGUAUUAAUCACGACUAGGAACCUAGAUGUUGUGGUGUCUUGUGAAAAAUCUUCUUUCAUUGAGGUACUUAAGUUGGAACCUUUAACUCAAGAACAAUCUUUGGAGUUGUUCAAUAAGAAGGCAUUUAAAUUUGACCGCACUGGGUGCUGUCCAAAAGAGCUCAUUGGUAUAGCCAAUGAAAUUGUUCAAAAGUGCAAUGGCUUACCACUAGCAAUUGUUGCCAUAAGUGGUCUUUUGUCUACAAGAGAGAAAACUAGGUUUGAGUGGCGUAGAUUUAGAGAAAACUUAAGUUUUGAGCUAAAUAAAGAUACACAUUUAAUAGGGAUACAAAAAAUUCUUGGUUUAAGCUAUGAUGAUUUGCCCUAUUAUCUCAAGCCAUGCUUGUUGUAUUUUGGAAUAUAUCCAGAAGAUUAUAUUGUUAGAUCAAAAAUAGUGAUUCGACAAUGGAUAGCUGAAGGGUUUGUGAAGGAGGAAAGUGGAAAGACUUUUGAAGAAGUUGCACAAGGGUAUUUAACAGAGUUGAUCCAUAGAAGCUUGGUGCAAGUAACCUUGCUUAGAAAUGAUGGUAAGGUUAAACAUUGUCGUGUUCAUGAUCUAAUACGCGAUAUGAUCCUUAAAAAAAAUGAGGAUUUAAAUUUUUGCAAGCAUAUUAGUGAUGAUGGACAAUCAAACUUUAGUGGAAUUGUUUUGAUGAUGGACAAUUCAAAUUUACCUAUUGAAAGGUCGCAUGUCCGGUCAUUGUUUGUUUUUAAAGAUGUAUCACGUUUCAUGUCUUUUUGGAGAAUCCCUACAAAAUUCAGGUUAUUGAAGGUUCUUGAUUAUGAACGUUCGCUAACAUCCUUUCCUUUUCAUAAGGUUGAAAUUUUGAUCCAUUUGAAGUAUUUAAGGCUCAUUUUUUGGGUGCAUAUUGAACUUCCAAAAUCCUUUGGCAUGCUCCAGAACCUAGAGACCUUAGAAAUAAGGAGUGUAUUUACCAUUCAUUUGCCAAAAGAGAUUAGCAAGCUUAGAAAGCUAAGACAUCUUAUCUGCGGUAAUAUUUCUUUGAUUGAAUUAAAGAAUGGUAUUGGAGAGAUGACAUCCCUACAAACGCUUCGUAAUGUUGAUUUAAAUAUGGAUGGAGCUGCAGAGGUGAUUAAAGAGUUAGGAAAGCUGAAACAGAUCAGGGAUUUGGGGUUGGUUAAUGUUGAUGAGGAAGAUGGAAGAAUUCUGUCUUCUUCAGUCAAUGAAAUGCAACACUUGGAGAAACUACAUGUUCAAUUAUAUUCUCAAGGUAGUAAAUCCAUUGAUUUGGAUUCGAUUACCACGCCGCCAACUCUGCUUUGGAAACUUACACUAUUUGGGAGCUUAGGAAAGUUGCCAGAGUGGAUUCUUGAGCUUCAAAAUCUUGUUGUGUUGAGGUUGAAGCAUUCAUUCUUAACUAAAGAUCCAAUGCCAUUACUAAAAAGUUUGCAAAACUUGUUGAUCCUUUCUCUAAAGGGCAAUGCUUAUGAAGGUUUGUGUUUGCAUUUUGAAGAUGGAGGAUUUCAGAAACUAAAGGAACUGUGUGUUGAAGUUUCAAGUAAAUUGAGAGAUAUUAUUAUCGACAAAGGAGCACUUCCAUCUCUGGAAAAGCUUCAGUUAAUCGGACUCAUCAAUCUAACGAAAAUAGCAAAAGGAAUCCUACACCUAGAGAAGCUUGAAGUUCUCAAUAUUCCGGAUUCUGGGCGGAAUACUUAUACUGAGGAUUUGAGUUGGAUCACAGAGCAUAUGCCCACUGUUAAAAUUAAUUAUUAUGUUACUUAAGUCCAAGGAGGUAGAAAUAAAACUUUAUCAUACUCAAGAGGGAAACAAAGGUUUUGGACUUCAACUUCAAAUGCAAUGGCAAUUCAGAUUCUCUACAGAGACUUUUACUGCAUCAGUCUGGGACUUUUGUUCCUCAAUAAAAAAAU